AUGGUUCCAACGCCCGUCCACUUCUUCUCGCAUGGCUCAACCAUGAUGUUGGGCGAGGAGUCCAAAUCCGCGACUUACUGGAAGCAAUGCGGCGACGAAGCCCUAGCCAACGGCAUCAAAGGCAUCGUCAUGAUGGGAGCCCACUGGGACGCAAGAGGCCACAACCGCAUCGACAUAUCGAUGAACCCCACACCAUCCAAAUCCCCCGUUGCCUACGUCCACCCCUCGAAAUACGCCUCCUACGAGCUGAACCCCGACCUACCCACCGGCAAGCGCUGCGUCCAGAUGCUGCAGGACGCCGGGAUCAACGCGAAGCCCAAUGAGACAUUCGAUUGGAUCCACGACACCUAUCUGAUCCUCAUCAGGAUGUUUCCCGAGAAGUGUCCCCCGACGACGAUUGUAAGCAUGAACGGCCGCUUCGAUCCCCAUCUACACGCUCGCGUCGGAUCGAUUCUCGCACCACUGCGACAGGAAGGAUACUUGUUGAUCGGAACGGGCGGCUCGGUGCAUAAUCUCUACCGCAACCACUGGCUACAGAUGCUGCGGUAUUCGGACAACUUCGCGCAGCCUGUGCCCCCAGACGCACCGAUGCUACUAUUCCGACAAGGUGUGGAAGAUGCGUUUGUGAGGAAUUGCGGUGCUGGAAGGGAGAAGGGGUCGUUGACUAGAGCGGUGUGCAGAAUGAUGAAGCAUCCGCAGUAUCGGAUUGCGCAUGGCACUGAUGACCACUUCAUGCCUGCAUGCUUUGUAGCUGGGGUUGUGGAUGGGUUGGACAGUGAUGGGAGUGAUGAUGGGGAGUGUGUUCUCGGGGCUGAGGAUUGGGAGUUGGUCAAUAUGUGCAAUAGUCAGUUUACGAUUGGCAAAUGGGUGAAGGCGUAA